UUAAUUCCAGCAGGCUGAUCGACGAGGUGCGCGGGCCGGGAACGGGACGCACCCUUGACGGCGCUCGCUGCCUUGACUUCCCCAUCCCUCGGCUGGGGAGGGGCCGGGCUGCCGAGCGGAGAAAGUCCCACGUGACGGCGCCGCGCAGAGCGCCAAGCGGGACCCGGCGGCGGCAGCGGCGGCGGCGGGCGCAGCGAGCGGCCCCGAGCAGCGCGGCGGCCUGGAGCCCAGAGAGCGGCGCGCGCGCCCAGGCCCAGCCCGCCUCCCGGCCUCGCGCUGCACAUUCUCUCCUGGCGGCGGCGCCACCUGCAGUAGCGUUCGCCCGAACAUGGCGACAGGGAGCAGCAGGAGGGAGUCGCGACUCCCUUUCCUCUUCACCCUGGUCGCGCUCCUGCCGCCCUGGGCUCUCGGCGAGGUCUGGACGCAGACACUGCACGGCGGCAGCGCGCCCUUGCCCCAGGAUCGGGGCUUCCUCGUGGUGCAGGGAGACCCGCGCGGGCUGCGGCUUUGGGCGCGCGGGGAUGCCCGCGGGGCGAGCGGGGCGGACGAGAAGCCGCUCCGGAGGAGACGGAGCGCUCCCCAGCAGCCCGAGCCCAUCAAGGUGUACGGACAGGUUAGUCUGAAUGAUUCCCACAAUCAGAUGGUGGUGCACUGGGCUGGAGAGAAAAGCAACGUGAUCGUGGCCUUAGCCCGGGACAGCCUGGCGUUGGUGAGGCCCAGGAGCAGUGACGUUUACGUGUCUUAUGACUAUGGAAAAUCAUUCAAGAAAAUUUCGGAGAAAUUCAACUUUGGCCCGGGAAACAGCAGUGAAGCCGUGAUCUCCCAGUUCUACCACAGUCCAGCGGACAACAAACGCUACAUCUUUGCAGAUGCUUAUGCCCAGUACCUCUGGAUCACAUUUGACUUCUGCAAAACUGUCCAAGGCUUUUCCAUCCCGUUCCGGGCAGCCGAUCUCCUCCUACACAGUAAGGCCUCGAACCUUCUCCUGGGCUUUGACAGGUCUCACCCCAACAAGCAGCUGUGGAAAUCAGAUGAUUUUGGCCAGACCUGGAUCAUGAUUCAGGAACAUGUGAAGUCGUUCUCUUGGGGAAUUGAUCCCUAUGACAAGCCAAACACCAUCUACAUUGAACGCCAUGAACCUUCCGGCUACUCCACAGUUUUCCAUAGUACAGAUUUCUUCCAGUCCCGGGAAAACCAGGAAGUGAUCCUUGAAGAAGUGAAGGACUUUCAGCUGCGGGACAAGUACAUGUUUGCUACAAAGGUGGUGCUUCUCUUGGGCAGUCAGCUGCAGUCUUCUGUCCAGCUCUGGGUGUCCUUUGGCCGGAAGCCCAUGCGGGCAGCCCAGUUUGUCACCAGACAUCCUAUUAAUGAGUAUUACAUCGCAGAUGCCUCGGAGGACCAGGUGUUUGUAUGUGUCAGUCACAGUAACAACCGCACCAACUUGUACAUCUCAGAAGCAGAAGGGCUGAAGUUCUCCCUGUCCCUGGAGAACGUGCUGUAUUACAGCCCAGGAGGAGCCGGCAGUGACACCUUGGUGAGGUAUUUUGCUAAUGAACCAUUUGCUGACUUCCACCGAGUGGAAGGGUUACAAGGAGUGUACAUCGCGACUCUGAUAAAUGGUUCUAUGAACGAGGAGAACAUGAGAUCGGUCAUCACCUUUGACAAAGGAGGAACGUGGGAGUUUCUUCAGGCUCCAGCCUUCACGGGCUAUGGAGAGAAAAUCAAUUGUGAGCUUUCUCAGGGCUGUUCCCUCCACCUGGCCCAGCGCCUGAGUCAGCUUCUCAACUUCCAACUCCGGAGAAUGCCCAUCCUCUCCAAGGAGUCAGCACCCGGCCUCAUCAUUGCCACUGGGUCAGUGGGGAAGAACUUGGCAAGCAAGACGAACGUGUACAUCUCUAGCAGCGCUGGAGCCCGGUGGCGAGAGGCACUUCCUGGACCUCACUACUAUACCUGGGGAGAUCAUGGCGGCAUCAUUGUGGCGAUAGCCCAGGGCAUGGAAACCAACGAGCUGAAAUACAGCACCAAUGAAGGGGAGACCUGGAAAACAUUCAUCUUCUCCGAGAAGCCGGUGUUUGUGUAUGGUCUUCUCACAGAACCUGGGGAGAAGAGCACUGUCUUCACCAUCUUUGGCUCAAACAAAGAGGAUGUCCACAGCUGGCUGAUCCUCCAGGUCAACGCCACGGAUGCCUUGGGGGUUCCCUGCACAGAGAAUGACUACAAGCUCUGGUCCCCCUCUGAUGAGCGGGGGAAUGAGUGCUUGCUGGGACACAAGACCGUUUUCAAACGGAGGACGCCCCAUGCCACCUGUUUUAAUGGAGAAGACUUUGACCGGCCGGUGGUGGUGUCCAACUGCUCCUGUACCCGCGAGGACUAUGAAUGUGACUUUGGCUUCAAGAUGAGUGAAGAUUUGGUCUUGGAGGUCUGUGUUCCCGACCCCGAGUUUUCUGGGAAGUUCUACGCCCCUCCCGUGCCUUGUCCUGUGGGUUCCACUUACAAGAGGACAAGAGGCUACCGGAAGAUUUCUGGGGAUACUUGUAGUGGCGGUGAUGUCGAAGCACGACUGGAAGGAGAGCUGGUCCCCUGCCCCCUAGCAGAGGAGAACGAGUUCAUCCUGUACGCCACACGGAAGUCCAUCCACCGCUACGACUUAGCCUCGGGGGUCACGGAGCAGCUGCCCCUCUCUGGGUUGCGGGCAGCGGUGGCCUUGGACUUCGACUAUGAGCGUAACUGCUUGUAUUGGUCCGACCUGGCCUUGGACAUCAUCCAGCGCCUGUGUCUGAAUGGGAGUACAGGGCAAGAGGUGAUCAUCAGUUCUGGCCUGGAGACAGUGGAAGCUUUGGCUCUGGAACCCCUUAGCCAGUUGCUUUACUGGGUGGAUGCUGGCCUUAAAAAGAUCGAGGUAGCUAACCCAGAUGGCGACUUCCGACUCACCAUCGUCAAUUCCUCUGUGCUCGAUCGGCCCAGGGCUCUGGUUCUCGUGCCCCAAGAGGGGAUCAUGUUCUGGACGGACUGGGGAGACCUGAGGCCCGGCAUUUAUCGGAGCCACAUGGAUGGUUCCGCCGUCCAUCGUCUUGUGUCUGAGGAUGUGAAGUGGCCCAACGGCAUCUCCGUGGAUGCCCAGUGGGUCUACUGGACGGAUGCCUACCUGGACUGCAUCGAGCGGAUCACUUUUAGUGGCCAGCGGCGCUCAGUUAUCCUGGACAGCCUCCCACACCCCUACGCCAUCGCCGUCUUUAAGAAUGAAAUCUACUGGGAUGACUGGUCACAGCUCAGUAUAUUCCGAGCCUCCAAAUACACUGGGUCCCAGAUGGAGAUUCUGGCAAGCCAGCUCACCGGGCUGAUGGACAUGAAGAUUUUCUACAAGGGAAAGACCACUGGAAGCAAUGCCUGUGUGUCCAAGCCGUGCAGCCUGCUCUGCCUGCCCAAGGCCAAUCACAGUCACAGCUGCAGGUGUCCCGAGGGCGUGUCAGGUAGUGUCCUGCCAUCCGGGUACCUCGUGUGUGACUGUCCUCAGGGUUACCAGCUGAAGAACAACACCUGUGUCAAAGAAGAGAACGGCUGUCUCCGCAGCCAGUAUCGCUGCAGCAACGGGAACUGCAUCAACAGCAUUUGGUGGUGUGAUUUCGACAAUGACUGCGGGGACAUGAGCGACGAGAGAGACUGCCCCACCACUAUUUGUGAUCUGGACACCCAGUUCCGUUGCCAGGAGUCUGGGACAUGCAUCCCACUCUCCUAUAAAUGUGACAUGGAGGAUGACUGUGGAGACAACAGCGAUGAAAGUCACUGUGAAACUCACCAGUGCCGGAGCGAUGAAUACAACUGCAGCUCUGGCAUGUGCAUCCGCUCCUCCUGGGUGUGUGAUGGAGACAACGACUGCAGAGACUGGUCUGAUGAAGCCAACUGUACUGCCGUAUCUCACACCUGCGAGGCCUCCAACUUCCAGUGCCACAACGGCCACUGCAUUCCCCAGCGGUGGGCGUGUGACGGCGACAGUGACUGCCAGGAUGGUUCUGACGAGGAUCCCGUCAACUGUGAGAAGAAGUGCAAUGGGUUCCACUGCCCGAACGGCACCUGCAUCCCUUCCAGCAAACACUGCGAUGGUCUGCACGAUUGUUCGGACGGCUCGGAUGAGCAGCUCUGCGAACCCCUCUGUACACACUUCAUGGACUUUGUGUGCAAGAACCGCCAGCAGUGCCUGUUCCGUUCCAUGGUGUGCGAUGGGAUCAACCAGUGUCGCGAUGGAUCCGAUGAGGAUGCUACCUUCGCGGGGUGCUCCCAAGACCCCGAAUUCCACAAGGUUUGUGAUGAGUUCAGCUUCCAGUGUCAGAAUGGAGUGUGCAUCAGCUUGAUUUGGAAAUGCGAUGGGACAGAUGAUUGCGGCGAUUACUCCGAUGAAGCCAACUGUGAAAACCCCACAGAAGUCCCAGCCUGUUCCCGCUAUUUCCAGUUCCAGUGCGAGAACGGCCGCUGCAUCCCCAGCAGGUGGAAAUGUGACGGGGAGAAUGACUGCCGGGACUGGUCCGAUGAGAAGGACUGUGGAGAUAUACAUAUUCUUCCCUCCCCUACUCCUGGGCCUGUCACAUGUCUGCCCAAUUACUUCCGCUGCAGCAGUGGGGCCUGCGUGAUGGACAGCUGGGUGUGCGAUGGGUACCGAGAUUGUACAGACGGCUCAGAUGAGGAGGCCUGCCCCUCUCCCGCAAAUGCCACGACCACCUCCUCCACCCGGCUUGGGCGAUGUGACCGAUUUGAGUUUGAGUGUCAGCAGCCCAAGAAGUGUAUCCCCAACUGGAAGCGCUGUGACGGUCACCGAGACUGCCAGGACGGGCAGGAUGAGGACAACUGCCCCACACACAGCACCUUGACCUGCAUGAGCAGGGAGUUCAAGUGUGAGGACGGCGAGACCUGCAUCGUCCUGUCUGAGCGCUGUGACGGCUUCCUGGACUGCUCGGAUGAGAGUGACGAGCGGGCCUGCAGCGAUGACUUAACUGUGUACAAAGUGCAGAAUCUUCGGUGGACAGCCGACUUCUCUGGGGACGUAACCUUGACCUGGACGCGGCCCAAAAAAAUGCCCUCUGCCUCUUGUGUCUAUAACACCUACUACAGGGUGGUUGGAGAUGGCAUCUGGAAGGCUCUGGAGACACACAGCAAUAAAACCAACACUAUCUUAAGAAUCUUGAAACCAGACACCACGUACCAGGUUAAAGUACAGGUCCAGUGUCUCAGCAAAGUGUACAACAGCAAUGACUUUGUGACCCUGAGAACUCCAGAGGGCUUGCCAGACGCUCCUCAAAAUCUCCAGCUGGCACUCCAAAGGGAAGCUGAAGGGGUGAUUGUGGGCCACUGGUCCCCUCCAGCCCACACCCAUGGCCUCAUCCGAGAGUAUAUUGUAGAAUACAGCAGGAGUGAUUCCAAGGUGUGGGCUUCCCAGAGGGCUGCUAGUAACUUUACCGAAAUAAAGAACUUGUUGGUCAAUGCUCUAUAUACUGUCAGAGUGGCUGCGGUGACUAGUCGUGGAAUAGGAAACUGGAGCGAUUGUAAAUCCAUUACCACUAUGAAAGGAAAAGCGAUCCCACCACCAGAUAUCCACAUUGACAGCUACAGUGAAAAUUCUCUCAGCUUUACCCUGACCAUGGAUAGUGACAUCAAGGUGAAUAGCUAUGUGGUGAACCUCUUCUGGGCCUUUGACACCCACAAACAGGAAAAGAGAACCUUGACCUUCCGAGGGAGCACACUGUCACAUGAAGUCGGCAAUCUGACAGCUCAUACAUCCUACGAGCUUUCUGCCUGGGCCAAGACUGACAUGGGGGAUAGUCCUUUGGCGUUUGAGCAUUUCAUGACCAAAGGGACCCGCCCACCGGCUCCUAGCCUCAAAGCCAAGGCCAUCAAUCAGACUGCCGUGGAAUGCACCUGGACUGGCCCCAGGAAUGUGGUCUAUGGUAUUUUCUAUGCUACCUCCUUUCUCGACCUCUAUCGCAACCCCAAGAGCUUCAGGACGUCAUUGCACAACCAAACAGUCAUCGUCGGUAGGGACGAGCAGUAUUUGUUUCUGGUUCGAGUGGUGGUGCCCUAUCUGGGGCCAUCCUCCGACUACGUUGUGGUGAAGAUGAUCCCGGACAGCAGGCUUCCACCCCGCCACCUGCAUGCCGUACGUACGGGCAAAACCUCAGCUGUCAUCAAGUGGGAAUCACCAUACGAUUCUCCUGACGAGGACUUGUUAUAUGCAGUUGCGGUUAAAGAUCUAAUUAGAAAGACCGAUAGGAUCUACAAGGUAAAAUCCCGCAACAGUACGGUGGAGUACGCCGUUAACAAGCUGGAACCUGGAGGGAAAUACCACGUCAUUGUCCAGCUGGGGAACAUGAGCAAAGAGUCCAGCAUCAAACUUACCACAGUUUCAUUAUCAGCACCCGAUGCCUUAAAAAUCAUAACAGAAAAUGACCACGUUCUUCUGUUUUGGAAAAGUCUAGCUUUAAAGGAAAAGCUUUUUAAUGAAAGCAGGGGCUAUGAGAUACACAUGUUUGAUAGUGUCAUGAAUAUCACAGCAUACCUGGGGAAUACUACUGACAAUUUCUUUAAGAUUUCCAACCUGAAGAUGGGUCAUAAUUACACUUUCACCGUCCAAGCCAGAUGCCUUUUUGGCAGCCAGAUCUGCGGGGAGCCUGCUGUCCUGCUCUUUGAUGAGUUGGGAUCUGGUGGGGACAUGUCAGCAUCUCAGGCCACUCAAUCUACUGACGUGGCUGCCGUUGUGGUGCCCAUCUUGUUCCUGAUCCUGCUGAGCCUGGGAGUUGGAUUUGCCAUCCUGUACACAAAGCAUCGCAGGUUGCAGAACAGCUUCACAGCUUUCGCCAACAGCCACUAUAGUUCCAGGCUGGGGUCAGCGAUCUUCUCCUCUGGGGAUGAUCUGGGGGAGGAUGAUGAAGAUGCUCCUAUGAUAACUGGAUUUUCAGAUGACGUCCCCAUGGUGAUAGCCUGAAAGAGCUUUCCUCACUAGAAACCAAAUGGUGUAAAUAUUUUAUUUGAUAAAGAUAGUUGAUGGUUUAUUUUAAAAGAUGCACUUUGAGUUGCAAUAUGUUAUUUUUAUAUGGGCCAAAAAAACAAAAGCAAAAACAAAACAAAAACAAAGGAAAGAAUCGAAUGAAUAAACUUUGUAGUGAUCAACUGUGAACUUCAAACCAGGUUGAUUUUAGUAACCAAAUUGCUUUGAUUUGACAUUAAUGUAGUCUUACAGGAUUGUGCUUUCUGGGCAUGCUUUUAAGUCUGUGAGAUAAUUUUGGUUCAACAAAUUGGUCAUUCGUUUUAUUUUUUUUCUAAGACACAGAAAUGUAUUUAAUAAAAUCUUCAAGAGAGGUUGAUGGGUGAAAUCCCUUCUCCUUGAAGGUGUGAUCAGAUUUUGAAUUUUGUUUGGAUUUAGUUUAUAUGAAACUGUUUGGGUGUAUUAUGGGGGGGGGUUCCUUGAUGUUGUUUUGUUAAUUUAUUGGGACUCUGUUUAAGGCCAGGCUUCAGUGGGCGUCUGACACUGCAUGUGUUAUGAGCCCCUGCACCAUAGGGUUGGGGAAUGGGGAACAGAAGCCUUUUUGUUGCCAUUCCAGAAGCAAUCCACUGUUAUUCACUUAUGUGUUGCAUAAUGGCAUUUGACAGGAGAGAUCAUUGAAUCUUUGCUCAAUUUCAGGUAAUAUUCAUAUAUGGAUCUUACUGUAUAUGCCUCUGUACAAGAUGUAGCUUUGAAAGCUACAAAAUGAUAACACUGCUUUAUUAUACACUGGUGUAAUUGUCAUUGCAAAAAAAUUCCUCUGGUCGUGGCAGAGAGUUCUCAGAACUGUGUCACGACACAUCACAUGUACUAACAGAUAAACUGGCAAAUAUAGUACCUAAGUUUUCCAUUUUAGAUACAUUUUUAAAAAAUUUACAGCUGAAGAAUGUCAGUUUUUGUAUUUGUGUUGAGGUGGCCCCUUGUCAUCCUAGGAAAUCCAUACUGCUAAAUGUGGUCAUUUUGAAUUGAGUCAGUGCCUUCUCUUUUUUUUCUUUUCCUCCACCUUCCCAUCCCCUGCCUUCACCUGUUCAAAAGAAACAGUGCUAUUCACUCUCACAGAGAUUCUGGAGAUCUACAAAGUCUUGACUACUGAAUCCAGUUAACAGUAAUAACCACACUAGAGUUGGUCCUUUUAUUCCCUUCGCAAAAGACGCCGUGCUUUUUUCUUCCGCCUUGAAAACGUUACCCCUGCCUUCAAAUCAUGGCCGUGUGCCACUUCUGCAGAACCCACUGUGGACCGACGGCCACUCCUUAGACUUAGGGUCAUAGGGGUCAGAGUCUAGCAUUGCUGUGACUGUGCUGUAUGACGUCCUCCCAGCUGAGCAGCCACAGCCCUGGGACUCUCCCAAGGUCAUGCCUCUGAAUGUGUGUCCCUUAUAUGCAAGCUUCCUGAAGCCCCCAUCUCCCCCUUGAUGCAGUGCAUCACUUUCUCACAAGUAUUUGGUUUCUUUUAACCAAAAGUAUCAUUCUUGGGUGAUAAUAUUGUUUUGUUCUUCCUGAGGAUUGUUUGGAAAACAAAAAAAGGAGCCAAGUAAAAUAUUGAGUUUUUAAUUUUUAUUUAUAUUGUGUAUGAGUAGAUGAGGAAUAUUUUAAACUAUAGAACUUUAGUCUGCCACAAGGGUAAGGUUCUAUUUUUUUUUUUAAAGUGAUGAAAACAAUAAGCCUACUUCCAGCAUAUUGUCUCUUCUUUCCUAUCUCUCUCCAUUUUUAUUUUUUUUUAAAGACUGGAGUUUCAUUGGCUUUAUCUUGACUUUCCUUGGAGUUUUACCACCACCCCUUUACUAAGCUCUUUAAGUAGCUGAAAGAUGAAUGAUCUAGCAGGAGGAAAGUCAUUUAAUUGAACCAUUAGAAAGUAUAUUUUCUCCUCUUUUCUCGUCAACUUUUUGGUGGCAUUUGUAAAAGCUGAUAGAAAAGGCUCUGAGACAUUGUUUUCCAUUAUUCCAUAGACAAGUUUUGUGGGUUUUCUUUUUUGUUUUUUUUUAUAGUGCAUAUGUCUCCAGUUGGCAACUGGAGAAAUUUUUGAGAAUCAAGUUCUAGCUCCCAGUGCCUCCCCAAUGCUUAGUACAUAGUACUGUAUAGACUGGAAAAUGCCACUGUGCUGUUUGAGAAAAAGCAGCCUUUUAGGGCUAGAGUAUUUUAUAUAAACAGAAGAGCUCAGUUCCUGAGAACUAAGCCAGAUAGAUGCAGCUAUGUGUAAAUUGUAUAUUUUUAUGAACUUUUGAAGCACGCACUCUCCUUUUCCCUCCACAUUGUUUUGUGGGGUUUUGAUGUAUAUGUGCCAUCUGCGAGAGGCCAGAGGUUGGAGUGACAAUAGGAAAUGAAAACAAAACUCCGUCCAGCCUUUGAAGGUGACCACAGUCUUUGCUGUGACCAGUUGGAGCCCUUGGUUGCUUCUGAAGAAGGGGCUUUUGUACCUCAUUGGAAAUGGCCAAUGUACUUCUCUCCCAGGGUACAUUAGAAUGUCGGAGGCCCAUCUCCGUGUGGACCACAGCGGACUACUAAUUGGCCACUAAAAUUUGGCGGGCAGGUGUUUUGCAUAUGAGAUUUCUCUGGAAGCUGAUUUGGCUCUUUUAUGUGUUGAAUGCCUCUGGGAGUUCUGCAGAGAAUUCCAGGGUGAAACCCCAUCUACUCAAACCUGUUUGCAGAGAGCUGAGAAGCUCCAGCAGCUACUGCUGUCCUGGCAAGCUGGGUAAAUAAUUUGGAUGCUGGGUCAAUGGUUGAAACUUCUGACUGAUGGAAAAAGGGGGUUCUGAAGCCUGAUUCCACCUCUGGUGGCAUCACUCAGGGCAUUUGGAUGCGAGAGACAUGGGACACAGUAGCUUCCUGUUCUCGCCUGCCCAUCAUGUGUGGCUCAAUAGAUUAAGCUAUGGUUUUCAAUUCAGAGAAUGUAACCCUUUCUCAAAGCAGUGGCCAUUUGGGGGACAACUGGGAGAGUAAUGGUGUGAUACAGCCCUCAUUUAUGAUUUGGAGAAUCCUGCCUUCACGUACCCACCCAGUAAUCAUUCCAUCUGGUGGGACAUUCCCAGUACUUCCUUAAGGGCAGAAAUCCCAUCUUGUCACCCCCAUCAGAGAGUUAUGGUAAAUCCCUAAGAAGAUUUCUCUCUGUGUUUGGCAGAGUUGGGGGUGGGUGGGUGGGGGUGUCCCUCAGAGAAGGGAUCGAGGGAUACAAGAAACUGAACACCACCUCCAGAUCGAUUUUAGGAAUUGACUCUAAAACUCAGUGCAGAAUCUUCACUUGGGAUUGUAUCUUGGCAUUCCUGUGUGUUGUUUUUCUUAACUGGAGUGUGUGCUGCCUUUCAGGUACAAUUUUUGUGUAAUAAAGCCAGUGCAUUAAGUUUAUAUAUACUACUUUCUAUGCAAGACUGAGAUGUGGAAUAGAUAGCAAGAGAUAUGUACUGUUCGGUACACGGACAAUACGUAUUCGGAAGGGGUACCACCGCCUAACAUAGGUUGAGGGAGGAUAGGUUGUAGACAUGUUUCUGCCCACUAAUUUUGAGCAGCCAUAUUAUGAAUUAAAUCAUCAGAGCCAAGUAACCCAAGAAUGGUAUUAGUGUCAUGUGCAGAAGCUCGAGUGGAAUAACCGUGAAUGCUGAAGCGGAACAUUGUUCUCAGAUAUUCCAUGUCACUUAUCAUUUAAAGACUCUUGAUAUGAAUUACUAGAAACUUUAGGCAAAAUCAAAAGUAUUUGCAGCAAAAUAAAGGCCUACUCUGCUCUUAUUUAAAGUGAAACACUGUAUACUUGUUUCUCUCCAAAGUGAAAUUAGGUAUUUAUAAUUUUGAUUGCCUUGAUAAGUUUUCAAGUCACUGAUUUCUGCUGAAGAUUUUACUAUAUUGUUGCACAAUUUUAAGAUAAUUUUUGUCUCAAUGUCUACUUUUUUCACUGAAUAAAAAUUUAACUGGGUCAAGAAAACAUAUAUUUAAAACUCCA